AUGUGCGCGGGAGACACGUCCUUGGAAUGGGUGCAUAGGCUGGACAGUCCUCCGGGAGAGACGUCGGGAUGGGGCUUCCAGCACACGUGUAAGAACUUUGAUGCCAUCUUCGACUGGGCAGAGUCGCAUAGGUACACUGAGACGGUGGAGAUUGACUGA